AUGCUCAACAUCUUGAGAGCCAAUCUCAUCAAUCUACCACUAAAGGUCUUUUUAUUUCAUCUUCAACAUAUCAACUCUGCGAUUGUUGAUGCAGGGAUUCUGGUUUGCUCAUUAACAGAUGUGGGUGAGACAUACCAAGCACUAGCUCUUGAUUUCUCUGGCAAUAUUCAGAGUAUCCAAGCAGUGAUCUACCUCAUCACUCGAAAGUCAUUUUUCCUACAGACCAACUUAACUAGGACUGAUGGAUUGGACACUACGGAUUUCAGUUUUGACAACCUAAAGGGGCUUCUGAGCUUCUAUUCAGAUUCAAUUGUUUCAGUCCAGAGCCAAAUUCGGACAAUUCAGAAUGAACUCAAGUGCUUCCAAGCUGAUGUAGAAAAGCAAGACGAACUUCAACAUUUUGCCGCAGAUGUAAUUGGUUUGGCAUAUGAGGUAGAACAUAUAUAUGAUGCUUGUAAAUAA